AAACAAUAAUUAUAGGCCUAAUUAUCCCUUGAUACCUUAAUGUAGUUCCAGUUUUGAAAAAAAAUAAACUUUCUGUUUUUGCUUUUAAGUAAAUGUUAAAUGAAGAUAACCUUGGAGAAAAGGGUGGUUUGAUGUAUAUUUAUAUCAAUAGGGGUCAUGGGGUUAAAACACAAAACUUACAAUAACAAUAUAAACAAUUCUUGAAUUUGUUUGUUUAAAGACCUCAAUGUAGUGCACUUAACCUUUUUGACCCUCAAGAUUUGUUGUACAGUUGUCCUCUUUCAGGCCAAAAAAAAAAAAAAAAAAACUUUAUUUAGCAUGAGUAAUUAAAACAGCAAAGCUGUUAGCCAAUUGCAGUCUUGCUAACAGGCUAAUAGCAAAGGUGAAAUAGGCCCAGUGGGAUGAACUUAUGCUAUGGAGGGCAAUGCAGAAUCUGGAAGUCUUCACACCCACAUUGCUUUUCCUGGGCCUGCGUCGGAGCAGAUGUUGUUCUCGUCCAGCUCACACAGCCAAACUGAAAGUGAAGGAACCAUCUUGCUUCAGCUGUUGGAGUUUAAAACCCAUCUGUUGGAGGUUGUAGAGGAGCUGCACAUUCGAAGGGAUGCAGAGGCCCGAUUUGAAGAUCAAAUCAGUAAGCUAGUGUUGGAGAAACAGGAACUGGAGUGGGAGAAGGAGUCCCUGCAACGUCUAAAUGAAACAGUCACAAAGCAGCACACAGAAUCGCUCACUGCCGCUAAGAAGGAGUUUCAGGCCAAAUUGCGCCACAUCGAGGAGGAGAGGGGGAAAUUCCAGGUCAGUACUGAGUUAAAAGAAAAGGAGAUUAACAAUCUAAAGGAGGAACUAAAGUCACUUCAGUUGCUGAAAUACAACUUAGAGAAGAAAUCAAGUGAGCUGGAACAGAAACUGGCUUUGCAGAGUCGAACAAAGGACAGCCACCUGAACCAGCUGGGGGAGGUUGAGAAGCGAUUCAGCUCUCUUUCCAGACAAUGCGCCAUGGUCAAGAAGGCCCACGAGCAGCUUCAGCAAAACGCUGAUGAGGCCAUGAGGAUUAACCGAAAACUGACGUUUGCCAACCAAAAACAAGAGGCUACGAUUGUGUCUCUGAAGAAGGAGCUGGACGAGGUCAAUAACAAGCUUAUUAAGGUCAAGAUGACAUCAGUUCUGUAUGAGAAGACCCACAGUCAGGCAGAGACUCAGCAGCAAGUGCAGGAGCUGCAGCAGAGGCUCAACAUGGAGAUGCUGAGGUCUCUGCAGCGCACACAGGAGCUGCUGCUGAGGCAAACACAGACAGUGAGGAGAGUAGAAAUGAAGCUACAGACACAAACAGAGAAGUUCCAGGCCCUUCAGCACAAGCACGAGGUGACAUGGGAGCAAAGCAAAGCGCUGCAGGACAGGCUGGCCCAACUCACCGAGAGCUUCACUGCUUCCAAAACCAGCUGGGACAAAGAGAAGGCGAUGUUUUUGGAUCAAAUCAAGACAGAGCAGGAAGACCGACAAGCAGUGAGGAAAGCUCAUGAAGAUCUUCAACAGAAACACGCUGAGCUCUCCAAGAAGUUGAUGGUCCAACACACAGACGAAGAGGAGAUGUAUUCAGCAGAAGUGGACGACAAAGGUGAAAUCCCUUGUGAGUCCAUCCCCUGCUCUGAGCAACCUGAUCUCAGCAGUCUGCAGAACCUCGUUUCCACUGAAGAAAAUGAGAAGGAGCCUCAGAAGGAGACAGAAGCUGCUGAUGCUGCAACAACUACAGGAGAAGAAAUGCCAGAUGAGCAGCCACAUUCACCACCAACAACUACAAAAGACAACACACUCAGCCAGAGUACUGAUCCAGGCCCAUCCGGAGAGGCCAGUACAGCAAACAAUGUUGUCAACAGCUGUGACACAGAGGAAAGAAAUCAGAGCUCAAAUUUUAUUUCAAAUGAUCUGAAAGAUGCUGACGCUCUCCAGAGGAACGUUAACUUUCCGACUGCAUCAAGUCUGAACUGUGGGAGCCCAGAUAAACUAGCAAAUUUACAGACAAAUGAAGAACAUGACAAAGAAUUUGAAGAAAAGGAAGAAAAGCACAACAAAGAACAGGAAGGCUGUAGUUUAAAUCUUCAGGACAAAGAAGACAUCCAAGAUGAAAGUGGUGGAGAUAAACAAAUUCUGGAUAAUAGUAGUGUGUGUUUGGCAACAGAACCACACGGGCACCAAAACUCAGAAACACAAGGAAUUGAUAAACCAGAUGGAGGCAUAAUGAAUGAAGUGGAGCGGAGAGGACAGACAGCCCAGCACACACCAGACCCAAAGAUAGCAGCUCAGGCCGAUGCAGAUAUGACUGAAGACACGGCCGCUCUGCAGGUCAGUGACCCCGAGGAUGCAGAGCCGCCUGUCUGUGAGCCCUCACAAACCCCCUCUCUAAAAGUCACAGUCAGUGAUUGCUGUCAAUUUAAUGAGGCUGAUCGAAAAGAGCAUCUUGUUAGCACAGAUGAGCAACAGAACUCCGUCCUUCAGGAAGAGCAGGCUCUCCACCACGAUGUGGUCCAAACUUCAUGUCAGGAUUCUCAGUUACUUCAGAAUCUGUCAGUUAACCAGGAAAAUCCUCAGAGAAAAGCAACAGAUUUUCCUACCAAAUGUCCAGACACGUCAACCGACUUGACCUCACACCUGAAUAUCACACCUUUAUCGGUUCACUCUCCUAUGGAAAUGAAUGAAAGUCAAACAGAAGCUCGAGAUUCUUCAGACCCUGAUUCGAUUGUGAAGCACGUUGAUGAAAAACAAGUGGAUCAGAAGUGUGAGUUUGUCGAAAUGAACCAACUUCAAAGCCCAUCUGAGGAUGCCAAAGGUCAUUUAAAUGUGAAGACGUGUGAAAACAGCAUCUGUACCACUGUAAACACAAAUAUUAGAACAUCCUGUUCAGCAGAGGAGACUGCGCCCUAUGAUCCUGAAGAAGAAACUAAAAGAUAUCAAGAGCAAAUGACAAACGACACACCCAGAGACACAGGAGAGGCAGUGAAAAAACUCAAAGCUUCCAUCAAUUCCAGUCAUGAGAGCAACAAGUCACUGAAGAUCAAUGAUUCCUCUGUGGCCGACGUGAAGACUUACAAGUCUUUAUUUGACUGGAACAAUAGUCAGAGGAAAGCUUUGGGCUCCCGAGAAAAGCCAGAUCUGCAUCCCUUCAGACAGGGAGGUUUUUUUUCUGGACUAAAUUCCAGCGGAUCUGACGAGAUUCAGGCACGUCAAGCUGUCUCAGCAUCACUGUUUAUCAAAAGCAGGCAAAACAAAGUCCCCCUGGUGAUGUUGAGAGCGUCGGACCUGUUCAGCGCCUCCAGUGCAGAUGCAGAUAUUUCAAGGAAACGACAUGAAAGAGAGUGGGAAGCAAAAGGAAGGAUUUGCAGUGAAUCCCCAGCAGGGGAAACGGCGAGAAAAGCUUCCAUUAGUCAUCUCCAAGAUGUUUCUGGAACUGCUGGAAAACAAUCACUGCAGAACAUAUCAGAGUGUAGCAGAACUUCCACCUCAGCUGCGGGCCUGAGUUCAGGACCACAGUGGGACCCGUCCUUCCCUCCGGAGAUGGAGAACCAGCAGACAUUGCUUAGAGAACAGGUUUCCAAAAUUGAACGAUUCCUCAACAAAGAAAGACUCAGCACAUCCAAAAGACAACGAACCGACAAAUGACUCACCGUUACUCGUACCCUUUAGUGGCUGAGAAGGUUCAGGUUUACAUGUUCAAUUUUCUCUUGUAUUCAUCGCACUCUUUAGUCUUGGAUUCUGUUUUGUAUUAGUGCCUCAGGUUCUAGUUUUCAUACAGGUUUUGUGUGAAUCUGGAUUGUUCAUAACUACCUCGUAAUUGGAGAACAUAUUUGAGCACAAAUGCUACGUUUUAAAAUUACAUACAAAAAUGUGAUAUUCACACACGGCAAAAGUUCAUGUCAAACUGUGAGUUCUGUAAAUUGUUGACCUGUUAUCUACUAAAAAGGCAGCAACAAAAAUCUA